GAUAGAAAACAAAGCAAGGCAAACCAGUAAGGAAAGCUUGAAAUUCUUCAGAGAGUCAACUCUGUAUGCUCUCUCUUCCUCUUAAAUUCGACUGCCUAAGACGCAGAAACAUAGUAAAGCAUCUCAAACUUGUUCGCAACAAACUCCAAAACCUCCUCCGCUUUGUCAAAAUGUCCUCAUCGGAACCUGAACUCCAACACCCACCUCCACCACCGUUCAAUCCAACCGAACCGUCCUUACCAAUCUCGUACCCAAUCGAAACGCUCAAAGACCUCGAGUCCAGGUCCUACUUCAACUCCUUUCACUACCCUUUUAACAAAACUUCGGUUCCUCUUAAAUCUGUGUUGCCCAAUAGGCGCAGAUUGCUUGUGUGCCAUGACUUGAAAGGAGGGUAUUUGGAUGAUAAAUGGGUCCAAGGAGGGACUAAUCCUGAGGCCUAUGGGAUAUGGCAUUGGUAUUUGAUGGAUGUUUUUGUUUACUUUUCUCAUACUCUUGUUACUCUUCCACCACCGUGUUGGACUAACACAGCUCAUCGCCAUGGAGUUAAGGUAUUGGGGACUUUCAUCACAGAAUGGGAUGAAGGGAGAGUGGCCUGCAAUGAAUUGCUCUCAACAAAGGAAUCUGCUCAUAUGUAUGCCGAGCGCUUGGCAGAGCUUGCUGUUGCUUUGGGCUUUGAUGGAUGGCUGAUUAAUAUGGAGGUCAAAUUGGAUCCCGGGCAAAUCCGUAAUAUGAAAGAAUUUGUCGACCAUCUAACCCAGACCAUGCAUUCCGCUGUGCCUGGUUCCUUAGUGAUAUGGUAUGAUAGUGUUACAAUUCAUGGUGAUCUUCACUGGCAAGAUCAACUGAAUGACAAAAACAAACCUUUCUUUGAUAUUUGUGAUGGAAUAUUUGUAAAUUAUACAUGGAAGGAAAACUAUCCAAGGGAUUCAGCUGCUGUUGCUGGUGAUAGAAAUUUUGAUGUUUACAUGGGGGUCGAUGUAUUUGGAAGGAACACUUUUGGUGGUGGGAAGUGGAAUACAAAUGAUGCUCUUGAUGUGAUAAAAAAGGGUGAGACUUCAGCUGCCAUAUUUGCUCCUGCAUGGAAUUAUGAGACUCAUCAACUUCCUAAUUUUCAGACUUCACAAAAUCAUUGGUGGAGCCUUGUGGAGAAAUCAUGGGGAAUAGUACAAAAUUAUCCUAAAGAUCUGCCAUUCUAUACAAAUUUUGAUCAGGGGCAUGGACAUCAUUUUUCAGUAGAUGGAGCAGAAAUAUCAAAUGAUCCUUGGAAUAACCUUUCUUGCCAAGGUUUCCAGCCUUUACUUGAGUUUGUUGAUAACCCUACUCUGGAUAGCAUUCAAGCACUUGUUGAUUUCAACGAAGCAUCUUAUAGUGGAGGGGGAAACAUCACAUUUAGAGGAACUCUUGAAGACAAUGCUUUUUUCACAAGAAGGCUUUUUCAUGGAGAACUUCUGUUGGGUGAUUUACCUGUCAACUUUACAUACUCUGUGAAAUCAGAGGGAGAUUCUCAACUGGGCCUUUCUCUUCAGUUUUCUUCUACAAUGAAUAAAAGCAUGUCAAUGCUUCUGGCAUCCCAGGAAAUUUACCAAUUCUCAAGCAAAUUCAGUCAAGUAAUUACAACACGCCCACAUGGAAAGCCAGGAAAUUCACCAGGAUGGGUCAUACAGGAGGCUAGCAUUGCAAUGAAUGGAUACAAAUUAACAGAAAUCCAUGCUGUGUGCUACCGGUCAAAGCCCGAAUUUAACAAACCCGGACCAGCUCACAAUCCAGUUAAAUAUUUUGCAGUUUUGGGUCAUAUUACCAUAAAAAAUUCUGAAAAGAAGUCAGGCUUUCCACCCUCUUCCUCAUGGCUUGUUGAGGCCCAAUUUAUCAAAUGGACUUCUGUUUCUCAGGGUUCCAAGACACUUAGUGUAAAACUUAAAUGGAAACUGAAAGAUGGAACUGAUACUGUAUUCCCAAACUACAAUAUUUAUGCAAAGAAACUAGCAAAACAGGUGGUAAGUGAUCAAGAUGUAUCACUAGAAGAUGUGCCGAAGUAUUUAGGAACGGCACAUGUGGAAGCAUUUUACGUUUCUGACCUUUCAGUUCCUUGUGAAACAUCCAGUCUCAAAUUUAUUGUUCAAGUAUGCGCUGCUGAUGGGACUUGCCAGAAAUUGGACGAUUCUCCAACCUUUUCAAUUGAUGUUAAAGAAAUGCUGUAAAUACAAGCAAACGCAUAGGGAAAAUGGGCUUGAUGCAGAUUCUGUUUCCCACAUGUGGAAAACAUGAAGUUCAAGGGAAACGCUUGAAACCCCUACCUGAAUUUGAAAGCUCUAUGUCUAGCCAGUGACAUACAACAUAUUCUGUAAUAGUUUUAGCCUUUUAGGCUUUUA